AUGCACCCCACUGAGCACCUGACAGAGCAACCCCUCGGACCCCCCUCAGCGCUCCCCCCCCCCCGGCAGCUCUCUAAAUGGCAAAUCGCCCGCCAAGCAACAUCUCGCGGGCUAGGCGCUGCCCUGCUGACCUAUUGGCCCAGCGAGCCCGAUUAUGCUAAGAUCGGGGAGCCAUUCGUCGUCCCGGAGGCGCAUGCGGGGGAUUCAGAUCGACCUCUGGGGAGUGGGCACGGUUUAUCUGGCAGGCCGCUUCCAAAGUUGCUCGCAGGGGGGAAAUUACUGAAGGGCCAGCUCCCCAUGAUGUUGAAACAGGAACCGGUCCGGGAGCUUAUGGCUCGCGAGCGUUACUUCGCGGGUGGCAGACGCGAGGAUGAGAUACUUGGCAACCACCUGGUCAAUGUCGAAUUUGCAGCGGUAUUUUGCCAGGGAGAGGUGAAGACCAAUGAACAUCGGUGCGAUAGCUGUCUGCAGGGAUAUGGCCCCUGGGCAAAGUGCGUGCAACUACGGGAGGGCGAAGGGUAUCUUAGUGCCUGCGCCAACUGCAUCUGGAAUGGACAAUUUGAGCGAUGCAGCUUGUGGAAGCGUGCGCAGGCCCUUUUGACCCCAGGGGAUCAAAACCGGGGCCACCAACGCAACAAGCGCUCGAUCAGCAAGAAAAUGGCCUAUGAAGCAUGGGCAGACAUGAAACGCAAUUUGGAUAUGGUGGAAGAGCUCACAGUCGAAAUUGCGGCGAAGAUAUUGAUGGCGGCGUCGAUGGAGAGGCCGAUGGAGGAUAACGCUGAUGAUAACGAGGAAGGUUGA